AUGCCAUUUCUUUAUUUAAGAGUUCGAAAUACUGGCACAUCUUAUCUUCCUAGCAGAGAAACUAAAGAAGCAGAAGGGAUAUUACAUGGAGCCAAUUCUGGCAGCCAAGAGAUUCUUGAGGUCCAUGUUUUUUCUGCUGCUACACGUUGCUGUAUUGAAGUUAGGAAAAUAUGUGCUGUUCUGUGCUCUGAGUGCAAAGGUGGUGGAGUGAAUUCUGUUAAUCUUUUCAAUGGUCGAUUUAAAGCUGGUGAUUCACUUUGGCUUUGA